GUGUGCGAGUCUUCCACUGAUCCGAGACCCUUUGAUGCUCAGGUCGAGUGUGUGUGGAGCCGAUGAUGGGUGGAGCCACACAAUGAACAGGAGCUUCAGUCAAAGCUUCAGUGUGUGUGUGUGUGAUCUCCACAUAUUCCUGUUUCAGCAUCAUCAGGAUGACAAUCAUUGCUGAAGAUGACGGAGAUCCAGAGAGAUGGACUAACACAGUGUCGGAUGAUUGACAGGCCCGUGAUCCAAUAGGCACGAUGAUCGCCACUGGCGGGCUGCUGAGAAUAUCGCGGAAUCGCCAGGAAUCGCCGCGAUCCAAGAACCGCGCGGAGAACAAGAAGAAGAGGAAAGCCAAGAAGAAACGAAAGAACGACGUUGUUGUGGUGAAAGGAAAAUUGAAGCUGUGCUCCGCAUCAGGGCUGGUGGCGGCGCUGGGCGUUCUCAUCUUACUGGUCGGGAUCACCAUGGCCGUACUGGGAUACUGGCCCAGGGAAAACACGGAUACGCCGAUAUGGCGAGCCACACAGGGGAAUCUAACAAGCAAUAACAUGCUGGUGGUGUCGAGCGACGGAAACUCUUCGCUCGGCUUCUUCAAAACGCUCUUUUUGAGUUACUUAUACUCGGAUAAUCUCAAAGUGUUCGGGCCUUUAGUGAUGGGCAUCGGGAUCUUCCUCUUCAUCUGCGCCAACGCCGUUCUGCACGAGGAUCGUGACAAGAAAACUAAAAUCAUAAAUCUGAGAGAUAUUUACUCCACAGUCAUAGACAGUCACGGUUUGCGCGCCAAAGACCGCGUCCCGUUCAUCAGCCACGUGAGGAGCGCCGAGGGCCGUCCGGCGGGAAAAGCGGGAAGCUGUAAGCGCAAGUCGUCCGUUUAUAGCAUAUCCCAAAGGUCCGAGGAAACGCACUGGGAGACGCGCUCGAUCGUCACGUCGUCUGUUAACGCGUUUACUUUACCGGUUAUUAAACUCAACAAUCGCGAUAUCAUGCAGGAGCUGGACGUCUCGCGCCGCAAGAGCUGCUCCGCCGCGGUGGAAACCCGAGCGCAGGUUUCCAGGACACACGUGUCGCUUUCCCAGGAUUCGAAGCUCAACGUGGGGAAGCGGGUCACGGGUUCGCAUCUGUCCCUGAGCGCGCUGUCGGAUCCGGGCGGAGGCUAUCGGGACGAGCGCUCGCGGAGGUUUAGCUGUCCCAGGCUGGAGCGCGCGGGGAGUAAGGGCUACAGCAAACUGGGAGAUUCCUUCGCAGGCGCUGGCGGAACGGAGGAUACACACACUCACACACACACUUCCUCGAUGAUGGUUGACUCAAACUGAAAGCAAAACACCUUUAAAUGUCUGAAUGUCACUGCUUGUGCUCAUUUUCACUUUUUAUCACAUUCAGACAAUUGUAAGAAAUUUACUACACAAAACGACAUGUUUUUAUGACUUGUUUUCCGGUGUAAAUAUCUAAAGAUACAUUUACUGGAGAAGAAGCAAAAUUAUGAGAAAAUGUGUUUUACUUUUUCUGACUCCAUUGGCAGAUAUUUGUUCUUGUUUUAAGCACAAACUCACUUCAUUAUCAUCACUGUAAUUUUGUUUCUCCCGUAAGUGUAUCUCGAUUUAAGAAUGUUUAGUUUGUGCUGGAAAAUAAGUGAUAUUUCGUAUCCAAUGACAUUCAGACAUUUUGUACACUAACAUUCAGAAGUUUGCCAUUUGAAAUUAAUACUUUUCUUUAGGAUGCGUUACAUUUUCUUUAGUAUGCGUUUAUUUCAUAAAAAUGCUGUUCUUUUGAAUGGUCUAUUCAUCAAAUAAUCCUAAAAAAAUAAAAUGAUUCAGU